AUGGACUUUGAAGUCAAAACGGAAUUGGAUCUGAAAAUGUUUGAAAAUCACAGAAGAAAACGUCACUACCAUAAUGCGUUUAAAGAACUUCAAAUUUUAAACAAGAAAAAAAGGAAGCAAAACAGUUCAGCAAAUGAUCUAUUUUUAACACGGUUCAAUGUAAAACCACAUUCAACUUUUCAAUGGCAAGUGGAUUGUGGGACUUUUGAAACUGAUGACUUAUUACGGACUAUAAUAUCCAUGCACGUAAAAGACGUCAAUCUUCAAGUUUUAUAUCACUUCAGUGUUUCAUAUUCAACAUGUAUAAUGCUAAGCAUUUUAGCUCUUACAGGCGGUAAAGAGAACAAUAACGAAAUCGAAAAAUUUGAUGCUUAUUGUGACAGUUGUGGAAUUGUAGUUAUCAAAGGGUUAAGAACCGACCCAUUCACAAAACAUCAAGUAUGCGCACUCUGUUCAUUGCACCGAACAUUUGUGUACAUUUAUCCAAAUCAAUACCAAAAUAUUGACAUGUCGUACUGAUACUACAGCUCUCAAAAACCAAUUCACAUGCCGUUGAAUGCUUGGA